AUGGAGGAGUCCCUGGAUGGCGUCGACAGGGCUGAGCCCAGCAGGGACACGGCUCAGGGUUCUGUGGGCAAGAGGCUACAACAGGAGCUGGCGACCCUCAUGGUCUAUGAAGACCCGAGGGACAAGCUCUCCCUGGAGUUCCCCCAUGGCUCCCCUGACAAUGCGCCCACAGUGAAGUUCCUCACCCUCUGCUACCACCCCAACGUGGACACUCAGGGUAUCAUCUGCCUGGACAUCCUGAAGGACAAGUGGUCCACCCCGUAUGACGUCAGGACUAUCUUCCUCUCCAUCCAGAGCCUGCUGGGAGAGCCCAACAUCGACAGCCCUUUGAACAUACAAACUGCUGACCUUUGGACAAAUCACACAGCUUUUAAGAAAUACCUGCAGGAAACCUACUCAAAGUCCCAGGCGAUGGCCCCUGCUCUUGUUUUGAUGGAGAAGAAGAGGGCUGUCCUGACGAGAGUCUCGCUCUAUCCCAACGCUGGAGUGGCCCCCGCUUUGCUGUGGUCGAUCUGGAGCACCUUCAAGGAAGGCUUAGUCUUCCCUGCUGGAGGUGGAGACUGA